CUGGAAAAAACAGGAAAGUUACAUAUUGGAAGGCAAUAAAAAAAUUACUCGGGACCGUCAAUCACAUACUCUCCUAUCUUUGCAUUACUAAUCAUACCAAUUUUUUGUUGCAGCUUCGGCUUCGGCGUCUAUUUGUGCUCUCACUGACAAAUUCGAUCAUCAGCUACGACCAUGAGUUUAUAUUUUGUACUUUAUCCUUGUGUCCUCGCCAUCGCGGCGUCUGUUCAAAGGAUAGUUUCAUGUUCUAGGUCCGCUGGCAGUCCAUCGUCUACCUUUUUAUCUUAAUUUAUCUUGAGCGCUUGCUGUGUCCUAGAAAAUAAAACAAAAAAAAAUGUCUGCAGAAUUCAAAGAGGAAGUGCCCACGGAUCCUCUGGCCAAUACUACAUCCUCCGAUGUCGAGAGCGCCAGCCCAAGCCCAUCAACCUCCAAACCAGCAGACGAGAUUCCAAAUGGCGGCCUAAGGGCCUGGUUGCAGGUGCUAGGUUCAUUUUCUCUUUUUCUCAACACUUGGGGAGUUAUCAAUUCGUUUGGAGCUUUCCAAUCUUAUUACGAAGACGAACUUCUCCGCCAUGUUUCCAGCUCUGAUAUUUCCUGGAUUGGAUCCCUCCAGGCGUGUCUGCUGCUCAUUAUCGGAGUGGCUACUGGUCCGCUAUUUGAUGCCGGAUAUUUCUACGUCCUGCUCUCGGUGGGAUCUUUCUUGGUCGUCUUCGGCAUGUUCAUGACCAGCCUGUGCACCGAGUACUGGCAAUUGAUGUUGGCGCAGGGUCUUACCUGCGGCCUCGGCAGUGGCUGUCUCUUCAUCCCCAGUGUCGCCAUUGUGUCGACGUAUUUCACCACGAAGAAAUCAUUUGCAACAGGCAUCGCUGCCUCUGGGAGCGGCCUGGGCGGCGUCAUCUAUCCGAUUGUCUUUGCUCGGUUGCAGCCACGCAUUGGCUUUGGUUGGGCCACGCGUGUGAUUGCCUUCCUCAUGCUCGGAAUGCUGCUAGGAUGCCUGGCUGUCAUGCGGGUUCGUGUGCUUCCUCCGCAGAAACGUCGUCUUCUGGAGCCCCGCGCCUUCCUCGAACUCCCCUUCACCAUGUUCACCGUUGCCGAAUUCUUCGGCUUCAUGGGAUUAUACAUUCCCUUCUUCUAUUGCACCGCCUACGCCGCCAAAAAUACGGGCAUGUCACAUAACUUGUCUUUCUACAUGCUCCCCAUUAUCAACGCUGGGUCUGUAUUCGGGCGAAUCAUCCCCAAUUUCUUGGCCGACAAGACCGGACCACUGAAUAUGCUCAUUCCCUGCUCCUUGAUAUCCGCUCUGUUAGCUUUCUGCUGGAUCGCCAUUGAAAGCACAGGUGGCUUCAUCAUCUUCUCCCUUCUCUACGGGUUUUUCUCGGGCACUUUUGUCUCCCUGCCACCCACCACGGUCGUCAGUCUGUCUCCGAGUCUCCAGAUGGUUGGCACUCGCAUGGGCAUGAGUUUCUGUUUUGCAGGCUUGGGAUUGCUUAUCGGGACCCCAGUGGCCGGAGCGAUCCUCCAAUCUAGUGGGUGGCUUGGCACCCAACUAUUCUGUGCUUGCUCCGUCACGGUUGCGGUCGCGUGCUGCCUGGUGGCACGUUUCUCAAAGGCACCAGCAUUGAUGGCCAAAGCGUAAAGAUGACAAGAAGGACAAUCGGUAGGCGACAGGGCCAUAAAGAGGGUAUUAACUACGGAAUACGAUUGUGAUGAAGCAGGAUGAGGCCGUGAGGCAAGCUUCAGUAAGAAAUUCUGGAAUUAUCUAUUUUUUUUUUCCUGUACAUUGUCCGCAUACUCGACUUUCAGCUUUAUAGAGAUUUUCGAAGAUAUUACAUCGUUUUCAAAGCUUUAAACUUUUUAAAUUUAGUAUUAAUUCAGCUCUAAAAUGCAUUGAGCUUGUACGGAUUCUCAUAGGGUUGAUGGUGUUCGUAGUAAUUGCAAAAGACGAUAACCUAAAUGCUGGCGGUUUCAGAUAGAAUGUUUCCCACUAAAAAAGCGCAAUGCCAAAAAAACACUUACGGCUUGGCUCGGCCCG